AGCUUCCCUUUGUUGAGGUUUUAAUCUCAAGUUUCUGGGAAGUUUUUUUCCACCCACAAAUCAAUAAACAGGGUAAUAUCUCGUCCGACCCAGACAGGAAAUCGCUUCGACGAUACAACCCAUCCUUUGACCAGUCCUUCGCCACUUCAUAGUUCUGGUAGAGGGUUAGAUCAGGACUUGCGCUCUCAUCGUUUCUCUUGUUUAGUGUAGAGAAACUCUCAAAUCAAUAUUACAUUAGUUCCUCAAUGACUUUCCUACUGGCUCUACUCUCCUCGUGCUGAUCAAUCUACCAAUUUUUCGUCUGUGUAUAAUCAUAUAAACGGAUUUAGAUCAUAAAGAUGGAUGAUUUGAAUAAUCUGAGUUCUCAGAGUAAAAACAAGGACCAAGAACUAGAAAAGAAAUUACUCCAGCCAUUUUCAUACAUACUCCAAGUUCCGGGUAAACAAAUAAGAGCAAAAUUAGCACAUGCGUUUAAUUUCUGGCUAGAUAUUCCAGCUGAAAAAUUGCAGUGUGUUGGUGAUAUUGUACAAAUGCUUCACAACGCUAGUUUACUAAUUGAUGAUAUUCAAGACAAUUCAAUUCUCCGAAGAGGGAUACCUGUUGCUCACAGCAUAUAUGGGGUCGCAAGUACAAUAAAUACAGCGAAUUAUGUUUUUUUCUUAGCUUUGGAAAAAGUCCUAGCCCUUGGACAUCCUGAAGCGACUGCUGUUUACACUGAACAGUUACUAGAAUUGCACCGGGGACAAGGGAUGGAAAUAUACUGGAGGGACAAUUUUAUAUGCCCUUCAGAAGAUGAAUAUAAAAUUAUGACAAUGAAAAAGACUGGAGGGCUUUUCAUGUUGGCUGUUCGUCUCAUGCAACUGUUCAGCGACAACAAAGCGGAUUUUACAAAGCUCGCUGGCAUUUUUGGCCUAUAUUUCCAAAUAAGGGAUGACUACUGCAACCUGUGCUCACAGGAAUAUUCAGAAAAUAAAAGUUUCUGUGAAGACUUGACAGAAGGAAAAUUCAGUUUCCCUAUAAUUCAUGCUAUUCAUACAAAGCCUGAAGACAAACAAGUUUUUAAUAUACUCCGUCAAAGAACGCACGACGUAGAAGUGAAACGAUAUUGCAUUUCUUUAUUGGAGAAAUUCGGUUCUUUCAACCACACGAGAGAAGUUCUGGCAUCUCUAGACCAAGAGGCAAGAAAAGAAAUAACUUUGCUUGGAGGAAAUCCAUACUUGGAAGCGAUCCUGGAUGAGAUACUGACAUGGAAGGAUAAGUCAUCAUCACCUUUUAUUUAACAUUAAAGAAGACACUGGAGUACUAACUUAUAACCCAGCUCGUUAACAGCCACAGAUAAAUGUCUCGGCUGUUGAGGACAGGUGUACAUAUUCCGUUCGU